AUGGCUUCCUCAUCUGCCACUCCUCCCAUCUCAUACACUCGCCUUAAGCAGAUUGCCAAUGAUGCUUGCCAAAGUGCCCUAGGUAGUGCAGAGUUCUACGAGCAUGCAAAAACAGAGGCUUGGAACACAACUAUCAUCAACUCCAUCCUGCGGUCUCUCAUAUCUGAGUCAUCUCCUGCUGGAGGAACCCCUUCCUUCAAAUAUGCUGUCAAUAGCACAAUCAUUCAACACCUCGUUCCUACCUCAUCCCUCAACCGUGCCAAGGCAACCCAAGAAAGUGCUGUACCCAAGGCGGAUGAUGAGGCUACAAUCUCAACGAGCGAUGCGAAGACUGGAGCUACAGGAACUGAUGGAAAACCCCACGUAGGAAGAAGAGGAAUGCAUAGCGCAACUGGAGCAUACUGGAACGAGAAGACCGAUGGGAUGUGGAGCUUCAAAUAUGAGGGAGGAGAGAACAAAGGCCUUGAUGUUGUGAUUAGCGUGAUCUGGAUCUCGAUAUAG